AUGAGCGAAGAAGAACAACUUCCGACCGGAUGGGAGAAGCGAGUGAGCCGGUCUACCGGUCAAACUUAUUAUUUAAACUUAUUAACUAAGGAAAGCCAAUGGUCUGUACCAACAAAACCAGCAUCUGAAAAUACAGGCUCAACAAAUUCUGGUCCUGAACAAGUACAAUGUAGUCAUUUAUUGGUUAAACAUGAAAAAUCACGCCGACCCUCAUCGUGGCGAGAAGAACGUAUUACUAGAUCAAAAUCUGAAGCAAUUGACAUCAUAAAAUCUUAUCGCGAACAAAUUGUUUCCGGCAAAGCAUCAUUUGCUGAACUUGCCCAGAAAUAUUCUGAUUGUAGUUCGGCCAAACGUGGUGGUGAUUUGGGACCAUUUACUAGAGGCACAAUGCAGAAGCCAUUUGAAGAUGCAUCAUUUGCAUUAAAAAUUGGAGAGCUCAGCGAACCUAUACAUACUGAUUCUGGUGUACACAUAAUUUUACGUACAGCUUAG